AUGCUGCGGAGUUCGCUACUAUUUCUAGCUCCGGCCCUGGCAGGGCUGGUGUUGUUGAGGGUGGCCCCUGUGGAGGCGAUCGUCGGUGGCAUCCGAUCGGCAACGCCACCCCUCGAUGAUCCCGUUGUGUUUGUGCGUGUCGCAGGACGGGCAGCGCGCGUCGAGGGUACACGUAGCCGGACGUCCGGGCUCUACUCGUUCCGGGGUAUCCACUACGCCGACUCUCCGACCGGUCAGAAUCGGUUCGCCCGGCCACGGUUCCUGCAUCUGAAGGGUGACGUGAACGCGACCAGCAACGGUCCACCCUGUCCGCAGCCGGACCCGAACAAUCCGUACCGGGUGUACGGCCACGAGGAUUGUCUGCUGCUCAACGUCUUCACACCGCAGAUGCCGGACGAAACGACGGGACUUCCGGUGGUGGUGUGGAUCCACGGAGGCGGAUACCGGUACGGGUCGGCUUCGCAGUACGGUGCGGAGCCACUGACUUCCAACGGGGUGAUUUUCGUACCGAUCCAGUAUCGGCUCGGCUCGUUCGGAAUCAUCGGCGACGGUAGCCGGGACUUUUCCGGCAAUCUGGCCCUACUCGACAUGGCCACGGCCGUACGCUGGGUGAAGGACUACAUCUCGUGGUUCGGAGGAGAUCCGGCCCAGAUCAAGCUCGUGGGCCACGGAUCCGGUGCGAACGCAGCCAUGAUCCUGGCGUCGGCCAGCAUGUCCCGCAGUUCGGUGAGCGGUGUAGUGGCCAUGUCCGGUUCGUCGCUGCAACCGAACGCGUACGAGCGGGAACCGGUCGAAACGUACCGAGAAGCGACCAGCCAACACCACUGCAUGGCGGGCAACGAAACGGAAGUGGUCAAGUGUCUGCGCACCAAAUCGACGAACGAGAUCGUGCUGAUGGACAACGGGCUGCAGAUGGAGCGGUUCAGUGGCGAAAAGAUCGUCAACGGUAUGACACCGCAGGCCGGGCUGAACCCGGUCGUGGAGGAGAAGGACGAUGCGCGCGGGUUGCUCGGGCUGCUCACGGAUAAACCGGAGACGUCGCUGGGCGCUGGAGACUUCCCCAAGAUCCCGCUGCUCAUCGGGGUCACGAAGGACGAGACGGCGAACGCGAUCGAUGUCAAGGAGAUCCAGUCCGUGUUUAAGGGUGCCACGAAUUUCCUGCGCAAGACGAGCGGUCUGGUCGGCCUGGAGGGUUUCCUCGGGCUCGAGAAGCAGGUCCAGGCCCUGGAAUCGGUCGGCGGUGUGUUGAAGCUGGACAAGUACCUGGAGGUCCCGAGCGGUUGGAACGUCAUGCAGGUGCUGGGCAAGCUGGUCGAAGCCACGACCGAUGCCCUGUUCAAUCUGCCCGCCGUCGUGUCCGCUCAGACCUGGAGUAAGCGCUCGCAAGCGUUCAUGUACAGCUUCGACUACCGGUCGGAGCGGACACACGGCAAAGACUUCCUGGCCGGAUUGCCGAUCGUGGCCAAGAGCGGCACCAACGGGGCCCCGAUGGAGCUGGUAGCGCACGGUGACGAACUGGGUAUCCUGUUCGACACGCAGGACUUGUUCGGCAACCCGGUGCAGAGCGCUACGCUCAGCUCGGCCGCCGAUCUGAACGCACGGAAGUCGUUCGCUUCGUUCGUUGCCAAGUUUGCGUACCUCAACGUCAGCAGCAUGCACCAGGACAACCUGUUCAAGGGCUUCUCCAGCAAGGGCACACCGUUCGUGAAGAUCAGCGACAAGAUUGCGGUGAACAAUGAUUUCAGGUUCUGUCAGCUGUCAAUCUGGGGAGCCCAACUGGAGGCCCUCAAGUCCGUGUCCUGCUCGUUCCUCGGCGAAGGCCUCGGCUCGGUCGGCAAGGUGGUGGAGAAUGUGCUCCCCGUCAACAAAGUGUCCGGACUGCUGUUCGGCGGUUAAUCCGACGGCUAGCGCUUUGGUGGACCAGACCCGACUCCCGACAUCCCCAUAAACUGUACUUGUGGCACAUAAAAGCGCAGUUCGGCCCGAGAGUGUCCUAAUAAAAUU